AAGAAACGACAAUGGCACCAGCCAUGGUGAUGUCCGGAGCCAUUGAGGACUUUCCUGCCAACGACCCUGCGCCAUACUUUGCGGAGGAGCGGCCGGGUUGGAGAGGAUAUGUGGAGUGGGAAAAGUAUCCGGAGAAGAAGGCAGAGGCCGAGAAAGUACUCUCGCAGUACAAGUUUCCGACGCCGCCCGAGUUCCAGCUCGUGCCUUUGCCGAAGACGAAUCCAGUGCUUGAGGGAGUGAGAUGGAAGCAAUACCAUUAUGCCAUGGGCAAGACUCUCAAGGAUUUGCCAGCGAUCAGCUGGAAGUAUGUUCAGAAGGAGAAGUCGGAAGACAUGUUGCAUGUGCUACAGUUUCCUUACAAUGGAGAGCCGCCUCGAUCACGGCUCACUGACACCGAGUUCACACCCAACAAGGACUUCUUCGUCCGCAACCAUGGCGGCGUGCCUGAGAUCGAUGAUGACGCUUUCGAGCUGGAGCUGGAUGGUCUGGUGAAGAAUCCAUCCAAACUGUCCCUUGCCGAUCUCAAGAACGAGAAUCUCUUCCCUCGCCACUCCCACGUUGUCACACUACAAUGCGCCGGCACCCGUCGCCUCGAGCAGAUUGCCAUGUACCCUGGCGACGGCGACGAGCUUAUCAACGCGCCUUGGGCUGAAGGCGCGAUUGGCAACGCACGCUGGACCGGUGUUUACCUCAAGGACGUCAUUGACCACUGCGGCGGUCUCUCUGGCGACCCAGAAACCACACACAUAGAGUUCAGUGGAGCUGACACCUACUUCAAGAAGGGCAAGGUACAGAAUUACCUAGUGAGCGUCCCCUGGCGCAAGGUCAAGUUCGAAGAAGUCAUGCUCGCAUGGGAGAUGAACGGCGAGCCUCUCCCAAAGAUCCACGGCGCGCCAUUGAGAGUCGUGGUGUUUGGAUACAUUGGCGCUCGCAGCGUCAAGUGGCUGUACAAGAUCAAGGCCAUUACCGGACCUAGCGAAGCUCCGGUACAGAAGAAGGAGUACCUGUACUACACGCCUCAGAUUGGAAAGCAGAACGUGCAGUACUCCAACGGCUUCAGCAUUCAGGAGAUGCCGGUCAGCAGCGCAAUCAUGUCGCCGACAGACAUGGAUCAAAUCGUUCACGAUGGCAGCAUCUCGCUUCGAGGAUGGGCAUACUCCGGUGGAACCGGCGGCCAUUGGCCCGAACGCGUCGAAGUCAGUGCCGAUGGAGGCUCAGUCUGGUACGAAGUGCCCUUCGAUAAGAUGAGCACGAAGUACUACUAUGGCUGGCGAACCUGGAGUAUCGAUGUGCCGGUCGAAUACGAAGGCUGGCUGGAGUUCUGCUGCAGGACUUGGGACAACGCGCUGAACACCCAGCCGACUUUUGUCCGAUCCGCUUGGAACUGGGACCUCCACGUCACGAGCUCAUGCCACCGCAUCAAGGUGUACUCGAUCAACCGCGCGCGAGCAGCGACGAGAAAGCGAUUGGAGGAGAUCGAGAGUCGGGGCUUGUCGAUUGUGCCGAUUACGCAGCCGCUGGAAUUCGACUUGGAGACUGAUGAGCAUUACAAGAGAGUCAUGGAUGCGAAGAAAGGGAGGGAUCCGGCUGAGUGA